GAAUGGUCGCUAGGUGGCGACACAGAACCUACCUACACCUUUAAUUCCAAUGUGUGGUUAGCCGAAGAAGAAGAAGAAGAAGGCUGGCCACGCAGAGCUGGUAGUCACAUGUGUUUACUUCAUUUCAAGUAGACUAACUAUAGUUUCCCCCAGACACAAACUCACAGCAAGGAAGAAGUAUGAGCUCCUGUCGACGACCAGAACAUUCUGCCCCUCCAGAUGUGUUUUACGACGCAAAGGAGGCAAAGAAAUACUCUCAAAAUUCUCGAAUGAUCGAGAUUCAGACCCAGAUGUCAGAGAGAGCUGUGGAGCUUUUGAACCUGCCAGAGGGACAGCCAUGCUUCCUGCUGGACGUUGGGUGUGGCUCUGGUCUGAGUGGCGACUACCUGACAGAAGAAGGACACUACUGGGUUGGCGUUGACAUCAGCACCGCCAUGCUGGAUGUUGCACUAGAGAGAGAGGUGGAGGGAGACCUUUUAUUGGGAGACAUGGGGCAAGGCAUGCCUUUUCGAGCCGGAACCUAUGACGGUUGUAUUAGUAUCUCAGCUCUCCAAUGGCUUUGCAACGCCGACAAGCGCACACACAGUCCUCCCAAGAGACUCUACGCCUUCUUUAGUACGCUUUAUUCUUCUUUGGCAAGAGGUGCACGAGCCGUUUUUCAGCUUUAUCCAGAGAACUCUGAGCAGCUGGAGCUGAUCACAUCGCAGGCGAUGAAAGCAGGCUUCAGCGGCGGCAUGGUGGUGGACUAUCCCAACAGCAGCAAAGCCAAAAAGUUCUUCCUGUGUCUGUUUGCCGGCAUGACAGGCGUACUGCCAAAGGGAUUGGGAUCAGAAACCACAGACAGGACAGUUGCAAACCAGGUCCAGUUUUCAGGACAAAGAUGCCGUUUUAAAAACAUGAAGGGUAAAUCGGUAAAGGGCCGAAAUUGGAUCUUAGAGAAGAAGGAGAGGAGGCGGAGACAAGGACGGGAUGUGCGAGCUGACACCAAAUACACAGGACGUCAGAGGAGACCUCAUUUCUAGCUGCGACUCGUGCAACACACACAGCCUUCAAUUACAAUCACACGUGCACAGUCACCAUGAGUCAUGUCUAGAGUGUACGGACUUCAUUAAAAUACUAUUUUUAUUUCUGGUAGAUGAGCUGUGCAUGUGGCAGAGACAACAUAUUUUCUUUGUCAAAUCAAGCUACAAUGAUAUGUACAGUAUGUACAUAUGUACACGACAACAUCAGACAUCACACUACAAUCUGGUCAGAUCAAAUACAAGAGCUGGAUAACAAAUACAGGGUCGUAGACAACCACAACGUAUCCCACCACAUCUUUUCUUGUGCAUUCCUAUAUACACAAAGUAGUGAUUCAUUAACUAUUUUAUUUAAAGUACUGAUUUAUUGACUCUAUUUUUAUGGUUAAAUAAAAACUCCCAAGGUCUCUUAUAAACAAACAAGAAAAGACGUGAACACAUUCCUUCCAUACAAACAAACCUGCAACUAUGAAUUAGUGUUCACAUUUUGUGUGUUUACCACAUACCAUCACAGCAAAAGUAAACAUUUGUAUCCCUUCAAUUUUCAACUUUUAGUCAAUAAUUCAGUGCAACAUGUCACAGUGAGUCCAAUAACACCCAACAAGUUGUGCUGUUAGUGUACUUUGCAAAAAACAAAAAGAAAAGACACUGGUUUGUAGAUACACACCAAUAAUUGAAUGGUUCCCUCUAUGCCAGAGCUGGGCAAAUAUUUUGACUCGGGGGGCCACAUUGACAGAAAAAAAGUGUCUGGGGGGGCCAAGGUGUAUGUGUGUAUAAAUGAUAUAUACACAUUUAGCUGUGAAAAUCUGCUGUACAGUAUGUGUGUUUCGGUCUUUUUUUUCCAGGAACACCAAUACCAAAAUGCACAAUGUCUGAUAGAAUUCUAAAAAAGUCAUGACAGACCACCUCAAAAAAAUGGAAUGGAAUUUUACAGUUCUUUACUGAAUGGGACACUCAAAAUGUACAUGAAAAUAAAGAAAGUGGGAUUUACAAUAUCAACUAUGAACAAUAAAACACUGAUUAACAACA